GUGCCGUCGCGUUCGGUCCGCGGUCGGAGUCUCCGCGCCCCCGGCGCUGGCCGAUGGAUCCCGAGGCGGCGAGGGACGAGCUGUCCCGCUUGCGCGCCCUCUUCCUGGCGUGCGACGCCAGCGGCUCGGGCCGCAUCGAGCGGGAGGACUUCGCUGCUCUCUGCGCCGAGCUGCGGGUGCAGCCGGCCGAGGCCGAGGCCAUCUUCCAGCGCCUCGACAGCGACCGGGACGGGGCCAUCACCUUCCCGGAGUUCGCCCGAGGCUUCCGCGGCGCCACGCGGCCGCAGCCCGCUGGCAGCGAGCCGGGGGGCGAGGACAUGGAGGAGGCAGAGGCGGCAGCGGUUUGGGUCGCCGCGGGGCUGGAACAGCCCUGGAAGGACUUCGAGGUGCGGCUCGGGGACGAGGCGAGGUACAUCCCCAGACAAGAGCAGGUCAGUGUUCUGUAUCAGAACAUACACAUAGCAGAACCAAGAUUAGUCCAGCCAUAUGAGCAUGUCAUUAAGAGCUUCAUCCAAGAGAUCAAACUUCAAAGCACAGAGAUGGAAACUCUGGCCAUAGCGGUAAAAAGAGCUCAGGACAAAGCAGCAGUUCAACUCAGUGAGUUAGAGGAAGAGAUGGAACUACGGAUACAGGCUGCAGAGCAUAAAGUUAAAAAGGAAGAGAAGCAGAAAGCUGAAGAAGCACUAAAUGAGCUGAAGCGCCAGUAUGACGCUGAAGUUGGGGAUCUUCAGGUGACAAUAAAAAAACUUAAAAAGCUGGAGGAGCAAUCCAAGUAUGUUAAUCACCGGGAAGAUGUAGUUGAACUGAAGAAAAGAAUACAUGAUAUGUUGCUGGAAAAUCAGAGACUUAAGAAAGAUCUCUUAGAAGCACAGACAAAUAUAGCUUUUCUACAGAGUGAAUUAGAUACCUUGAAAAGCGAGUAUGCAGAUCAGUCUUUGAACACUGAGAGGGAUCUAGAAAUUAUCCGAGAGUAUACUGAAGACAGAGAUAAUCUGGAAAGACAAAUUGAAAUACUUCAAUCAGCUAAUAGAAAACUACAUGAUAGCAACGAUGGUUUAAGAAGUGCACUUGAAAACAGUUUCAGCAAGUACAACAGAUCAUUGCGGUUAGCAAAUACCUCACCAGGAAGUACCAUUUCUAGAAGCAGUCCUAAAUUUAAUGGUGAACAUUCUCCUUUAAACCCACGAUAUGACAGGUCAUCUCAUUCGUCUUGUGUUGAUGAAGAUUAUGAUUCUUUAGCCCUUUGUGAUCCAAUGCAAAGGAUAAACUGUGAAGUUGACAGCUUACCUGAGAGCUGUUUUGACAGUGGUUUGUCUACCCUGAGAGAUUCAAAUGAGUAUGAUUCAGAAGUGGAAUAUAGGCAUCAAAGGAUUUUUCAAAGGUCACAAUGUAUGCAAGAAGGCUUUGGUGGUGAUGCCUCUGAUACAGAUGUUCCUGAGAUCAGAGAUGAAGAAGCAUACAGUCCUGCUAACAGCACUGCAGUUUUAGACUGGAAGCCCUCACGACCAGUUAGUCGAAGCAGCUCAGUUGCUUCAACGAGGAGAUACAUAUCUGCUCUCACCCCUCAGCCAGAUGCAACUGAAUGCGCUCCAAAAUACCCCAGUACAGAGAAGGCUUACAAGAUUGUUCUUGCUGGAGAUGCAGCAGUGGGAAAAUCCAGUUUUCUUAUGAGACUUUGCAAGAAUGAAUUUCAAGGCAAUACCAGUGCAACUCUGGGUGUGGACUUUCAAAUGAAAAGACUAAUUGUUGAUGGAGAACCUACAGUGUUACAGCUGUGGGACACGGCUGGGCAAGAGAGAUUUCGAAGUAUUGCUAAAUCAUACUUCAGAAGAGCAGAUGGUGUCUUACUACUGUAUGAUGUAACAUGUGAAAAAAGCUUUAUUAAUGUGAGAGAAUGGGUGGAUAUGAUUGAGGAUGCGACUCACGAGAAUAUUCCAAUUAUGAUGGUGGGAAACAAGGCAGAUCUCCGUCAGGAUGUCACAGAACAAGGGCAAAAGUGUGUGCCUAUAAACUAUGGAGAAAAGCUAGCUAUGACUUACAAUGCAUUGUUCUGUGAAACAAGUGCUAAAGAUGGAUCUAAUAUUGUAGAAGCAGUUCUUCAUCUUGCUCGCGAGGUGCGAAAACGAAGUGAUAAUCGAGAUGAUACAAGAUCAGUAACCAGCCUGGCUGGGACACCUGUCAAAAAGUCGGCACUCAUGAAAAACUGUUGUAAUGUUUAAAUGACAGAUAAUUUUCCUUAACUAAAUAACUUGUAUAUUUAAAAAAACCCAAGCCAACAACUAAACCAAAAUAUUUCAGUAGUGUUUCCUUUUUUUUUAUGGAUUUAUAAAUUUGUAUAUUUAGAAGCUACACAUAAUGUUAAAAAUCAAGACUCUACUUUCUACUCAUUCAAAUUUGUGAAAUUGCUACACCCAUAGACUCUUUUUUCACUUUUUAAAAGUAAUAUAAUUCAUUGCAAUGAGCUCAGAAUCAAUGCUACAGUGGUCACUGUGUACAAUACUGUAAUGUAUAUUAUUGGCUCUACCUGCAUGUUUCCUUAUGGCAUUCAUUUUUCUUAAAUACAGAACAUAGUAAUAUCCAAUAUCACUCACAGGUAAAGAAGAAAUUACAGCUUCAGUUAAUUUAAUUUCUUUUUGAUCAUGUCUGCUUAUCUAGUCUUUGACAGCCUUAAGUAUAUUAAAUGUUGCUUAAACAUUUCUUAAGAAAACUCCAAACCAUUAAGGAUUGUCUAGGUCCAAGUAAUCCCUAAGUUUAGGGGAACCAGAAUGGUCUUUGUCAGGAGAAGACAGUGGCAGGUGAUGGUGUUCUAUUGUAGUUCCUCAAAAGUUGGCUAGUUAGAAUGUAUUUCAUUUUGAGUUUUGGGGUUUGACUAAGUGAGAAGUAGACUUUAUAACUGAUCCUACACAGCUAAGAGGUGAAAGAAACAUUUUUCUGGACUAUUACAAUUCAAAAUUCCAGAGAGAAUGUAAAACCUGUGAUAUGUUGGAUUGCUGAAAUGAGUUAUGAUCCAAUAUCUUAUCUGCCUGUUUAAGCUAGAUCAUUAUUGUUACCAAAGAGUGAUACAAGUCGUAAUUUUUCCUUUGCUUUUUCAAAUACCUUCUAUUCAGUCAGUAAUUGAAGGAUUGUAAUAGUACAUAGGAGUCUGAUUUAAUAAAGAUUUUAAUGCAUUUUUUAUAAGUUUUAAAUCAGCAGAUGAAAGAAUUGCUGCACAUGCACAAGCAUUUGUAUAAAUUUUUCUGUAAAAGAGAACCCUGGAAUGAACAGCAGUCACUUUAAUGAGAAUUCCUUUGACUGAUUUUAGAAAAUUUCUGAAAAACUUACCAGGGGGUGGUAGCUUUAGGUGUCAGAAUCUCUAAACACUGAAUUUUGCUUAAAAUAGUUCCCAAGAGUUCCAUCAUGUAGUAAAAAAUUAUGGGCAUUUAUACAGUUAGUGGUCCAAAUCCAAUUUUUCUUUCACUGAUUGUGAUCAGAAUAGGAUGGGACCUUUUCAGAGCCAGAAAACUGUUGUCUCCCCUGUUUCCAUUAAUAAAACAUCUCCAGGCUGAAGCCUAGUUCAGUAAAUCAAACCUGGAUAAAGUUUUAUCAACUGAUGGAAAACCGUAUGACUAGCAGCUGUUUGCUGCAUUUUGUCAGCACUGUAUGUCAACACUGUAUGGCCUAUACUGUUAUCUCUUGUAUAAAAUGUGGGGAUGUGAGAAACAGGAUGGUUCAUAAUUUACAAAUAAUAAAAAGGUUUCAACUAGGAAUAGAAUUAUUUUUAGGCAUCCUUUCAAAUCUGUAAUCAGAGCAGCUAAUCCUUGGGUAAUUAUCAGAGAAUUUUUUACCAAGAGAGAGAAAUCUAAUGCCAGAAUGAAUAAGACAUUUUAUUUCCCUGUAUAAUAGUUCAGCCCUAGAAGACAAAACAUGUUUGGUGAGGACUUUUUGAAGUACUAGCAGAACCUUCACAUGCUACCUAAUUCCAUGCAGGAGAUUUCAGGACUGUAGCAUCUUCCCACACAGCAGUACAGGAUGCCUCACUGUAGUUCUGAGACUUAUCUGAAGCAUGUGGCAGAGAAUACAGGACACACAAAGUGUAUCAGGAACAUGCCUAAUCACAUACAUAUUGUUUGCUGUUAACCAUAUAUUAUUAAAAAAAAAUACAGCUUCAGUUAAGUUCUUUGUGUUCUUUGUGUGAACCCUUCCCUUUGUCCAUAUGAAAGAAAUGGACGUGAAAUUAAUUUGGGAAGUGUUUGCAGUAGGGAGAAGAGAGGAAGAUGAUACAGUGCUUGGUUUGUGAAGUGUGAGCCUUCAACAUGUAGGCAUUUGCAUUUUCUUGGGAUAAGAUCAAGACUAUAAGUUGUUACUUGUGUUCCAAAAAUGUCUCUCAUUCAGUGUUGUUAGCUUGAAGAGCCUGGACUGGGGAUCAGUGUUUUGUGUGUGUGUCCUGAGCUACUGUGUUUGACCAGAUCUGUGGUCUUGGCCUCCAGUAAAUGAGUUGCAAUGUUUACUUAAACAUUAUUGCAUGAGCAGAGUGUUUUGGCUGGAUACAGAGAAUCACAUAAAGUGAUUUGCAGGAAGGAUUUCUGGAAGUGGUUUUGUCCAACCUUCCAAGGACCAGAGCAGAGAUGGACUUCGGCUAGCCCUAGAUUUGUUAUCUGUGGGUUUGGGUAGCUGGCCUGUGAAAAUGCUCCAGGACAGAGGUACUACCACCAUCCUGGGACACAUGUUCUCAUGCUUUUCCUCCUUUUCUGGAUAAACACUUCUCUUCAUGUCCAACUUCAGUUCCCCAAAUGACUACAAAUUUUUAAUAGUUUUCCCCCAUUAUGUAGAAGAAUUUGACUAUAAUCUUGGUGACUUAAUUUUCAGUAUCUGUUGCUGUGCCUUGGCCUUCUCUUUACCAGUGUCACAACAUCAGGAGUAUCUCUUGGAAAGUGUCUCUGGGAUCCACAUCCCAGAAUUAGCAACAUGUGUGCAUGUGUAGUAAUUAUUUUCAUAUCUAAUAUUUUUAUCAUACUGAGGGUGCCAUGAGAAUAUCCAUGUUUGUAGAGAGGCUGGUUGAAGGAUGUAAGUUCAGGGACUUGCCUUCACACCAGUUUUUUCCUCUCUGCAGGCCACUGAUGUCUUCAGUACUUUUGUUUUUCAUUUAUUUUAAUAACCAAAAUUUAUUUUAUGUUGUUUAGUCGAAUUAUGUAGCCUGAAUCAAUGUAUUAAGUUCUGUACAUUUUUUGUGUCAUGUAAAGCAACUUUAAUUUGAAACAGUGUUGUUUUCUAAAUAAGAUUCAGGGUUGAAGGUUGUUAGCUGUUAACAAAGUUUUACCUUGGAGUAAGUUUAUGAUCAAUGUCUAGAGGACUGAAAAAGCACUAUUAAAUGGGGAUAUAGCUAUUGCUCAGUUGGAACUCAUUUUAGAAAUCCUGCGAUGGUUAGCUCCAUCAUAUUUUAAAUGUUAACAUAAUACUGUGUUGAAUUUAUGUUAAAGCAAAAGAACUUGGAAAAAUAUUUAAAUCUAGAAAUUAAAGCAUGUAUUUAUAGGUGGAAAUAAUGAAUGCAUAAUUUUUUCUGUUGUUUUACUUUAAAAGGCUACCUUGUCUUCAGCCUAAAAGGUAAAAUGGCAAACAUCAGCUUUAUUAAAUGAUUGCACUUUUGUCCUUUGAAUGUUUUUAUGGUUUUGUUUAGUUCAUAAGAACUGUUCAUUAAAUCACACAAAUUUA